AUGCAGACUUACCGAAAGUGGUCAUUCGGUGUCGAAAUCGAGCUUCUCCUCGGCAGCAAGAAGAAGCACUCGAGCUGGAAGUCACUAGCGACGCAGGUCAGCGAGAGGCUGAACAGGGCCGGGCUGGACAUCUUUGUCAAUGACCACAAGGACAAGUCGGCCAGGGUCUAUCAAACAUGGUCAAUCUCGCCCGAGAUCACAAUCAAAGAGGAUGCAGCCAAGGGAAACUACGGCAUCGAGCUAGUCUCGCCCAAGUACAGCCUCUAUUCAGAGUGGGUCGACGACCUCGACACCAUAUUCUCGGUCCUCGGCUCGUCGUUUGUGGUGGUGGCAUCUCCCACCUGUGGCACCCACAUUCACGUGUCCACCGAGCCGGCCAUGGAGCCGCGAGAGGUCGCGACGCUGGCCAAGCUGAUGCUGUCGACCGAGCCGGCCCUCGACGCGCUCAUGCCGGCGGGCAGGCGGGCGUCGACCAGACACUGGUGCCAGAGCAACCGUGCCGGCAGCGCCCUUCUCGGCAGCCGGUUGACUCUGGAGCAGUGCCUCCGGGUCGUCGACUCGGCCGCGAGGGACGGGGGCGUCGCUGGCGUCGUUGCGGCGCUGAACACGCACGGGCCGGAGCCGGGUUCGGGGUUCGCGCGGGCCACUCGCGGCUGUCGGUCCCGGCUGAGCGGACAGCGGUUCAAGUGGAACCUGGCCGGGCUGGUGGGCGAGGGGGUAGGAGCCCGUACCGUAGAGUUUCGUCAGCCGCCGGGGAGCGUCACGGCCGACGGAGUCAGAGGCUGGGUGGAGCUGACACUGGGGUUUGUCGAGGGUGGUCUGAGGCGGUCUGAGAGCGGCUGCGAGGUGGAGGCAUGGUACACCGUCCAAGAGCUUUGGGAUCUGAUCCAGGAUGGAGUCGCAGCUUUGCAGCUGAGUGAUGAGUGCAUCCAUGGUAUUUUCAGUGCCAGACAGCCUUGA